UGAGGGUUGUUUCAGCUCUGAAAAUGACACAACUGUGGAUUCUUCUCUUAUAUCUGAAUAUAAUAAAUUUUCCAGCUUCAGCUCAAGACGUGGAUUCUUCCAGACCACUAUUUCUAUCAUUCAUCACAGUAAAGUCUGGAGAGCGUUUUUCACUUAACUGCGCAUUUAUAAACAUUCAGAAGACUGGAAGUGUGGUUUGGUACAAACACAAAUUUGGAGAAAUGCCUCAAAAAGUGGGUGAAAAAUUGGAGUAUAAGGAGGUCAAAGUUUCCCCUGUUUUUAACAGAUCAGGAUUUACAAUGGAGUCGACUGAUGAAGGUGUUUCUUUGACUAUUCUACAUAUAAAUAAAGAUCAUGGAGGACUUUACUACUGUGGAAAUAUUUAUCUGGACAAUCUUACAUUUUCCAAUGGAACGUUCGUGUCUGUAACAGGUGAUGAAGAUGUAAAAGUCUCAGUGUUCCAGAACAGUGUGUCAGACUCGGUUCCUGCAGGAGCAUCAGUGACUCUGCAGUGUUUGGUUCACUCUGAGAGCAGAGCAGCAGAACUCCAAGUGCUCUGGUUCAGAGCUGCUCCAUCACAAUCCCAUCCUCAAAUCAUUUACACUCAUCACAACAGCAGCCUUCAGUGUGAAUCUUCUACACACACCUGUGUGUACAACUUGUCCAAGAACAUCUUCAGCCUCAAUGAUACUGGAACUUACUACUGCGCUGUGGCCCUGUGUGGGAAGAUCAUUUUUGGGGACGGAACACGAGUACAGCUGGAGGAUGAUCUUAUCUCUGUGAGACCUGAAGUGAUCUGUCUCACAGCAGUGGUGGUCGUGUGUGUGAUUGUGAUCUGCGUUCAAGCUUUUAUUAUCUGUAAAACGAGAAACUGUGAACAAUCUGGAGAUAACUGAGCAGUUGAAGGCAGACCCCGG